AUGCACACAUUGACCCCAAGCAACGUACUGGCACUCAGUCCACACGGUAAACCGUUGAUGCGGCCCGUGAACGGACGACAGACAGUAGGCUAUACCCGUGCAGGCAUGUGGCCGGGAGCACACUGGACGGGAGCGGCAGCCGAGCUCCCUGCCUGGAGUGGCCUGGGAGCCGAUUGCUACAAACGGGUAUCCCGCAACCCCCCCCUAGGGAACGGUGGGGGUGAUCCCGGUCCACCACUGGGAGUCUUUCCAGAUAUGUCAGAAACAACGGAGGAACCUAUCGUAGGGUCAAGAGACUCACCAAAGAUGGAGGCGACCACGCGGUCUGCGAGCAGCCAGGAAGUACAACAAGCCCCUCUGACCAGCUUGGAGCAAAUAUUCACAAACUUCUGGCUGAAGCUUGAGUACAGAAUGCAGCAGGGAGCCCAACAAAUGCCCACCUCAAGCCGCCCACAAAGACAUGCACCGCCUGACACACAGUGGCAACCGGCAGCCCUGGGGAGGCCCAAAACCAUGAGAAGGUGGCGGAGAGACAGGCAGACAACUCACCCAUACAGGGAGGCGAAACGGAGAACACCGCCGAAAGCAAACGCUGGCACGACUCGGACACCAUUUACUAGAGGGGCGACUCUACCCCAACCACAUGACUCACCCAAACGACACCUACCACGCCCGCAGACUCACCGCAUCGAAUGGCGACUACAUGGGCAUCCACGGCAAGGCCCUGCACAGCCCCAACGAGCAAUCGGUUGA